CCAGGAAGUGUGGAACAUCAAGAGAAACUUUUCUCCAGGCUCCAAGCAAGAAAUUCCUUUGGCCUCACCACACCCGUGCGCGCCACAAAAAUUUGCUUUUUUUUGCACACAUAAAUGCACAAUCAAUAAGUAAACAAUGUAUAAGGCAGCAUUGAAAAAAGAGUUGUCAGACUACAUAUUGAAAACAUUUAAUGGGAAAACAAUCAAUAGAAUAAACUCAUAAAGCAAUGCAAGUUUCACUUCUCAAGAAAUAUGCAUCAAGCGCAGGUUGCUGCAGCAGAUGGGAUGGAGUCCCCCAAGGGGGGUUUGCCACUGCGGUGUCAUUUUAAAUGGCCGAUUUUUGUCGUUUUUGUGGAGUAUGUAUUGGCAGCACUCUGGGGCCCCUUUAUUGGCUGGGGCCCAAAGCAACUGGCUAGUUUGCUGCCCGCUAGCCCCCCCAUUGAGGUGAGAAGAGAAGUCAACCGGGUUGCGGAAAAUUGGAAAGCUAAAGUGAAAUAUUACGAAGAGUAAUCAUACAAAUAAAAUAUCAAAUAGUGAACCGUAAUUAUCAUGGACAAAUGGAAAAUGUCCUUUCCAGAGAAAUUGCAUGAGGAUUUUCACAUGAUUUUGGGGCAUUUCGAAGUCUUUUCCUGUUGAGACAGGUCACUUCAGUUCAUUUGGGGAUAUUUAUAUAUAUAUAUAUAAAAAAAAAAAAACUACUCAUUUGCGAGUGGAAAGGUCUUUUUUCGUGCUGCUCGUUCAAACUUUGUUGUUACUGACCUCAGGUCAGACCCGACCGCCAGCGGCAGCCGUACGCAGAGAAGAGGAAGUACAAAGGAGGCUGAUCCCGGGUCAGUACACGCCAGGCCGUUCAUUUUUUUUAAUGGCUUUCAGGCGCUAGCGGGUACGCCGCGAGAGCUUCACACGGCGUGAAGGAUGUAGGAAAGUAGCACUUUUCUUCCUUGGGAGAACUUGAAGCGCUCGCGGAACUUUGCACUCAGCUGCGUCGCGACACCGACGUCGGACGGACGCAGUGCGCCUUCAUCGACGGUUCAAGUGGAUUUGUACACGGCGUAACUUAUUCGGCGACGCGGGAAAUUCCACGGCGUCGACCGACCGUGAACGCCGCAGACAGCCAGCCAGGCAGGAAGCUAGCUAACGGCUAGCAGCUCUCUUAACUGUUGGCCACGCAUUUUUUGCGGCCGUUUGGCGAUUCGUUCGAGCGGCAGAUGCGGUCGCCCUCGCCCCGGGGCUGAGAAGAAGCUCGUCCGGGUGGCGGGGCGGCCAGGUGAACGUCCGCUCCAUCCCUCCCCUCCGCGGCUAAACUCGCUUGCUAGCAUGCCGCAGCUGAGCGACGACGGCGACCUGGGCGCCAGCGACGAGCUCAUCCGCUUCAAGGAUGAGGACGAGCACAAGAGAAGCGGGGACGCCGAGCGGGACCUGGACGAUGUCAAGUCGUCCCUCGUCCACGAGUCCGAGAGCGACAACGGCGCGCAGGCGGCCAGCAGGCGAGCGGGACCCGAACCGGACGAGGCCGAGCGAGCCAGGCACAGCCAGCUCUUUGCAGAAGCACUGAGAAGGCAGAGCGGGGCUUUCUUCCAGCCUUCGCCCUACCUGGGUUACCCCUUCUUUGUGAUCCCGGAGAUGUACGCCUCCUACCUGGCGGGUGGACUGGCGACGGGCGCGUAUCUCCCAUUCCGGUGGCCCUCGCUGGACCUUCCAGGCGGCACGGCGGCAAGAGACUCGCCGGUAAGCCGGGCCGCCGCCCUGGCGACCGCCAUUACGUCGGUGUCUGCACACGCACAGUCUAGCAGCGCUCGUGUCCACCCGGGUCACCACCCGCUGCUGUCCCACCGCCCCGAGGCGUUCUCUGCGCCCCGGCGGCCGUCACCCGACUUUUCCCCUGAUGCAGGAUCGUCACACACAGCCUCUCGGACGCAGCGCACUGUCGAUUGGCCGGAGGCUCGGUCGGCGCACCCGAUGACAGGAGGCGAGUCACCCCUCGCCCUCGACACCUCGUCGGGGCGGGCGGCGAGCGGCUUUCCGGCGAGCGGCUCGCGACCUGUGUCCGUCAAGCAGGAACCCCGGGAGCACGGAGAGAGGAAGUCGUCGCCGGUGGCGGCAGCUGCUCCGCGGGAAGCGGAGGAGAAGGCGAAAGGUCAUAUCAAGAAGCCGCUCAACGCCUUCAUGUUGUUCAUGAGGGACGAGAGGCCCAACGUGGUGGCACAGUGUCAAGUCAAGGAGAGCGCCACCAUCAACCAGAUCCUUGGACAGCGGUGGCAUUCACUGAGCAAGGAGCGGCAGGCCUCGUAUUACGAGCUGGCCCGCAAGGAGCGUCUGCUCCACUCGCAGCUUUACCCGGGAUGGUCGGCGAGAGACAACUACGGCAAGAAGAAGAAGAGGAAGAAAAGCAAGAGCGACAACCAGACUGAUGCAGCCGAGGCCCUGCCGCCCGAUCUGUCUCGCCCGCACCCCGUCUCCCAUCUGACGCACACGCACCUGUCCCAGGCGAGCCCUGCCUCCUCUGCGGACUCGCCCGCCACGCCCGGUGCGGCGCUGGCGUCGCCAGCCGCGCCGGCCCCCACGCGCACCGAACACUCGCGGGCGCGCUCCUCGUCGCCGCUGUACGCCGACCGGCCACUGGACUUGGCGACAAAGCGGCCGCGCCCGGCCUCCUUGGACCCGCCACUCUCCUAACGCCGACGGAAGUGUUUUUUUGUUUUUUUUUUUCCAGCGAGCGAUGUGUUCACGCUCACAUUUUGGACUCGACAGUGACGCCUUUUCACGAGUUUUCAAUGGCAAACUUUUCUAAACUCCCAAUAAAUAAGUGAAUCCUAUACCGCUCGGUCCAUUCACAAACCAAAGCACACGAGGCACGAGUUAGCUUUUCAGCGCGCGAAACGUCCAAAUGGAUUCGUGGUCAAGUGCCGUCAAUAGCCCUCUCUCCUGAAAAAUAGCUCUAGUAUCACAUUUUACAUGCUCUCAUGGUACUACCAUGCAAAAAAAAAAAAGGAAUCAUUAUCAUGUCAAAAUGUAAAGACGUGAAAACUGGUCCUCCGUUAUCAUAUAUUGAUAGUGAUCACGUUUUUACAUGAUGCUAAGUGUGAAUAUAUAUAUACUGUAUAUAUAUAUAUAUAUAUAUAUAAUGUGUGUCCAGAGCUAGAAAUCCUAUCCAUUUUGACUGGGCGGGGCAAACUCAUCUUUGUUCAUUGCCCCUCCCAGUCCGGUUUUGGACGUCUUGCGCCGUCAUUGGCAGCCCAGCCCAUGAGUGCCCUUUAAACUUGGAUAAAUUUGCAAUUUUGAAUUUUUCUUUUUCUCAUUAUCUAAUAAAUAUAUACAGCACUA